GUUCCCGUUUGGGUCAACCUUCAAGUAUUGAAGUAUUAUACUGAAAUAGUAGGACGAGGGUUUGUUAAAAGCAGUAUUUUGAGGCAGAAGUCGAUUCGAGACGCACAUACAAAAUCAAACAAACCAGUUUGCGUCUUUUUGAGCCGCACGAGGAUCCGUACGAGGGGGUCGAAGUCACAUGAUGAAUGCGGAAGUAUCUUAGUCUGACUCGCAGUGGAGAAAACAUCGGCAAAGAAGACUUAAUUGCGAAUAUUAUUAUAGAGGCACACAGGUGACUCCGUGGAUGCGGAUAUGGAGCAUCGGUUAGGACGGGUACCGGUGUUGUCUCCGCUGGAGGAGUCGAGUGAGGAGGUGAGCCGAGACAGCGGGAUCGUGUCCCAAAGCACCAGCACAGUGUCCAUGCUGAGCGAGGGCCUGAGCAACGGAAACGUCUCCCAGAGCCCCAGCUUCGGACUUAAUGUCUCCCAGAGCCCCAGUUUCGCCGGUAACGUAUCUGAAAGUCCGAGUUUCGGCGAUAACGUGCCUCGGAGUCCCAGUCUAGACGGUGCUGCUGCCCAGAGUCCCGUCCACGAGCAGGAGGAUGAGAUCCUGAGACAGACUGCGCUCAGUUACUCCGCUUAUAUCCGAGCAGACGCAGGGGAGGAGAUCUUAUGUCUGGAGAAAAGUCUGGAAGAAAUGCUCACUCGAGUGGACGAGUUUGUGGGGAUGCUGGACAUGAUUCGCAAUGACACCUCUCAGAUCGUGAACGUCAGCCUGCCUCAGAUUUACAGAAAAGCGGAGGACAUGAGACAGAUUUACAGGAAGAUUGAUAAGCUGGAGGCUUUUGUGAAGAUGGUCGCAGCCAACGUGAGUGUCAUGGAGGAGCAAGUAGUCGAGGCUGAAGGUGAAGCCCGGACUCUACCUGGUGCUUUCAAAAAGAUUUUCCGAACAAUGAACGUCUCUGGAUUUUUAAAUAAACCAUCCAGCCCCAAAAGAGCAGCGCAGGAGGUUCCCUCCGUGUUCAGGACCGACGACUUCUUCCCCACUCAGCCAGAACCAUGAUAACGGAAAAAAAAACUCUGUAGCGUUGAUCUCGCUCCGUUCCCGCCAAAGGUCCGAGACGGCCGCCCGCCUCCGACAGCAAUAUCAAAGCGGUACUCGAGAACGCCAAUCACAGCCGAGACUAUUUUAGCACACCGUUAGAUGGCAGCUAGUUUUAUAACGACGUUUUCAUUUGUUUUGUUUUUUGUUUUUUUUUUGUUUUUUUAAACUUUUGUUUAAAGUGCCUCUCCUGGAAAUAUCGCUGUUUUCACAAACAGGCAUGUGACGAUAUCGAAUAUUCAUAUCACGCUAAAUUCAUUUUAAAUACGAUUCCUAUAACGGAGACUCUGACGGUCGUUCCGGCUUCAUGGAGAAUUACAGGUUUAUAUCAAUGCGCUCAUAUGGUUUCUAUAGUAACGACUUACACCGAGGCUUGUAUAACUGCACAACGUGAAACCCGAAACACUCGGAGUCGGUUCCGUGCUGGUAGGAGGAGCUGGAUCAGGUCUGACUCCACCCCCUGGACAUUUUGUUCUGCACUGGGGGUUUCUUGGGAGGGAAAAAAAAACAAAAAAGUGGGGUUUUCUCCCACAACACUACAGCAAAGACUAACAUAUCGUAUGCGACAAGUAUCAAACGCCACGUCGAAACCCGAAAACGCCGGUACGUCUGUAAAUGUUGCGAAACGGAAUAAAAAUGAAAUCCAAAUCAUAUUAUUAUUUAGUACUGAAUUAUUAACGAUGAUUUAUUCAGUAAAAGUUACGAGAAUUUGAACCUGAGAUCCAGGUCCUGGGAGUUUAAGGCGUCACAUCAGCUCUAACGAAUAGUGUAUAUAUUUUAUCUUUUAAGUUCGAUAUCUCUGUAUAUCGACACAUGCCUACUAGCAAACACCAGAAAGACUUUCUGAGGUUUUUAAUUAAGAUUGUAUAAAUUUUGUAUAGUGUUAUUUUGAUCUUGGUAUUUUUUUUUUUUUUUUUUUGCCAGGAUUUUUUUUUUUUUUUUUUUUUGCACUAACAUUAAGGUAGCUUGGACGACCUUUAUUUCAAGUACGCGUUUAAUUAAACGCUGUCACAUGCUGUAAUUUAAUACAACGCCACGGCUGCUUGUGCUUCUUGUUCAUACUGUAAAUUUCCACUUUAUCCUCUUCAGGCCACAGGAAAGCAAAUCUGUGGUUAUUCCUGUUUUGAGUUAGUAGUCUCUUUUUUACACUUACACUUAAUGAUGAUCAGUUAGUGUGACUGUUAAUUUAGCUACUUUAACGAAUCAAUUUGUAAGGAAUGUACAUUUAUUUAUAAUAAAAAGCUCAAUAUUAUUGUAAAAAG